AUGGACUGUCGAAAACCACCAGACCUGCCCAAUGGCUUCCACUCCGCAACAACAACAACGUAUAAUUCCAAUGUUAUGUACUCGUGCAACCCUGGCUAUACCAUGCUUGGUGAGAACUCUAUCACGUGCCUCGACACUGGCAACUGGAGCAAACUGCUUGUCAACUGCACGAUAAAGGAUUGUGGACAGCCUCCGAUUGGACAUCUAUCAACAAUCCAUGCCCCACAGACAACAUUUAACGCCACGGCGGUAUAUGCGUGUCUUUCUGGAUACAUGACUCAAAACAUAACUGAGCUCACGUGUACUGCUGACGGCGAGUGGGAUGGGGUAGCGCCGAUAUGUUCAGAUAUCGACGAGUGCCUCAACAAGCCAAAGCCAUGUGACUUCAACGCCAAGUGCACCAACUCUUACGGCAGCUUCAAGUGUGAAUGUGAGACCGGAUACAGAGACCUGGAUGGGGUCGGGGGACAACACUGUGCUGAUGUAGAUGAGUGUGCGUUUGAUGGUGACUUUUACUGCAUGCAUGUGCUAAACCAGACACGUGUAUGCGUGAACAUUGACGGGGGAUAUGUGUGUGUGUGCAACAAGGGACUUACUGGAUCCAGAUGUGAAACCGAUAUCAUUGAAUGUAAUGACACAAGCACGUGUGGUUCUCAUGCUGUCUGUACCAACACGUAUGGUGGUUACUCAUGUGCAUGCCCGAACGGCUAUCCACAGGGAAACCCUUAUCUUGGAUGCUUCGGUAAGAUGACAUUUCAGUAA